CUACGGGCCUCAACAACGCUAGCCCAUUAACCAACCUCCUCCUCCAAAUACUCACCCCCAUCUCCAAUCUCAGCGGUGACCGCACCUCCUAAAAGUCCCAAUACUCCACAAAAAACCCCUAAAACCUCUAAAACCCCAAUCCAUGGCGGCGGUGACCAGACGCAGCAUCACCUCCCUCCUCUCUCGAUCUCUCCUCUCAUCCCCCUCCCUAAGAAACCCCCGCGUCGGCGUCGCCACCCUCAACCGCGUCGGAAUCGCGCUUCCGUCGGCGGUUCCGGCGAGGUUCAAGACGACGUCGGGUUCGGGUUACUCUCCGCUGAAUGAUUCGUCGCCAAACUGGAGCAAUCGCCCGCCGAAGGACACGAUCAUGCUCGAUGGCUGCGAUUACGAGCACUGGUUGAUUGUUUUGGAGUUUGAUCAAGAUAAGAAGCUAUCGGAGGAGGAGAUGGUUGAUGCUUAUGUCAAAACCCUAGCGAAGGUUGUUGGGAGUGAAGAGGAAGCAAAAAAGAAGAUCUACUCAGUGUGUACCACAACAUACACAGGGUUUGGUGCGCUGAUAUCUGAGGAGCUGUCUUAUAAAGUUAAAGGAUUACCUGGUGUUCUUUGGGUGUUACCUGAUUCUUAUCUGGAUGUUCCCAACAAGGAUUACGGAGGGGAUCUUUUUAUAGAUGGAAAGGUCAUCCACAGGCCACAGUUCCGUUUUAGUGAAAGGCAGCAAACUAGGACUCGACCCCGCCCUCGUUAUGACAGGCGUAGGGAAACUAUGCAAGUUGAAAGAAGGGAACCAGCACAAAGGGGCUCAUGGACACAGGAUAACCAACCAGUUCCCGACGAAAAGCCUGAGAACUGAGAGCAAGUACUUCAUCUUCCAUUGGAGAAUCCAGCAGGUACAGGGUGUUCAGGGGAUGCUUUCUUAGUUGGAAUUUGGAAAGCAGGAAUCUAAAUCUUUGGAAGCAGUUCUGGUCCUUCUGGGUGGAUUUGAUCAUCAUUUUAAGUUAGUAAACCCCUGAUUAUCACUUAGAAUUUUCUGUACUCUGUUUCUUACAGUGCCGCCAUGUAAUUAGAGAACAAAUGUUGCUAUUGGAUAACUAUUUGACUUUUGAGCUUGAUUGAGAUUAGCAAUAAUCUCUAUAUAAAUUACGAGUUGGCGGUUGAUCUAA